CAGCUACUGCAUUUCCUGGUGUGCUGUGUGUUCUGUUGUGGUAUUUUUACACAAUUCCAGCCUGCAAAAGCGGCCAUUAGAUCAAUUGAUCGUGAUGCGCACACUAUUUACUACACAAAUCGGGCGCCAAAUACACGUGGCGACUUUCAUUACGAGUUUCAAACAUCCAACGGCAUAACAACAAAAGCAGCGGGAAAUGAGCACGGUCACAGCGGCGUGGUGCAAUAUAUUUCACUUGAAGGUAUUCCCAUCACGUUGACAUACGUGGCUGAUGCCAAUGGCUAUCAUCCGAGUGGUGAUCAUAUACCCAAGUUGCCGGAACAGGUGCUGUCGUCGUCGUCGUCGUCUUUGUUGAACUAUAAACGCCAACAACGAACACAUCUUAAAGGUCUUGUUUGCAAUCUCCCGCAACUCUCAUAUAUAUCCAUCGGAGCUGUUGUUGUAUAAGUUUUAAAUGUGUAGCAUCUUUCUGAAUACAGACAUCAACCAAUUAA